CCCCACCAAAAUUCACUAUCCGCCUACCAACAUCCUCCAACUACCACAUCUUACCAACUACCUCAUCGGGCUUCGUCGUCAGCGACGCAUUCACCUGAAAGGAUUCUUACUUUCUACAACUUUCUACAUAACUUCGCUCCCAUCAUUCCGCCAUUUGGUGGCUAUUGAUGUAUACUAAAUGAGGAACACUAUCUGUUAAAAUCUCAUUUGAUAUUUGAUAUCGGCAUUUUAGGAAUAUAGUAAACAGGUACCUACCCGACCCGGCCAACAUGAGUGUCGGCAGCGUCUUGAACCAGUUCGACGACGGACUAGGUUCGCUCCUAAGUCAAUGGAACAGCUACUCUACCGCCAUCGCAACAGCCUUUGUGCUGAUUAUCACAUAUGCUAUUAUGAACAGAGUGGAGCCCGAGACUCAUCCUAUGCUUCUCGCACGUCAGGCUUCGGGUUCAGCUGUCCGGAAUGAAGGGGAAUCGCCUAUUUACCGCGGAAACUCAGCACCUCAUGGUCUCCCGCUUAACGGUGGUUUAAAUGUUAAAGACCCAGGUGCAUCGAAAUGGGCUGCCGGGCGAGAAGGGGACCUAAGGGAUGUUUGGCGUAGAGCCGUCACGGGACCGCCGGAAGGAGAUGGACCCAAGGUGAAGGGGCGUGUCAUGACCGUAUUGGGAAGUGAGAAAGUCAUCGACCAUAACCUCAAUGAUAUCACUCGACAGAUCAACCUUGUUGGAAAGCAUAUCGCUUCCCAGGGCGGGAAGAAGGUGGCCAUCUACCUUCCUAACUCUGUCGAAUUCAUCGCUACCUUGUUCGCUGCUAGCUUCCACAAUCUAACUGCUAUUCUGUUGCCAUUUGAUCAGCCAGAAGAGGCUGUCAUCUCCAUGCUCCAGAGAUCAGGUGCUGACACUGUUGUUACCGCGCCUGGUGCAUUCCCCUUUGACAACGCCGUUAAGAGCUACCCCGGUCUCCGUCAACUUAUCUGGGUUGUCGACGAGGGCAACAAGCACCUCGACUGGAACGAGGUCCCCAAGGGCAUCGGCGGCAGCGUCAACGUUUCCACCUGGCAGGAUAUCCUCAACGACAACCCCGUUACAGCCGGAACAGAGCUGCCCGAAGUUGACCCGAAGGCCGAGAUUCAAGACGUUAUUAUCUUCUGGCAAUCCAAGCCCGGCACCCUAGAGGAAAUGGUCCGCUUCACACAAGGCAACCUCGUUUCCGCCAUCUCCGCCCAGCUUACCGCCAUCCCACAGAAAGAGCGCUUCUCCCCCUCAGACCUCUUCCUCCCCACCGCCCCCCUAUCCUCAUCCUUCCCACUCGUCCUCACACUCGCAGCGCUCUUCUCCAACGCCUCCGUGGCAUUCAACUCGGUCGCCGGAACCUCUCCCGACCUAGCCCUCGCAACCGCCGGCAUCGCCCCCACCAUCAUCGUCGCGACUCCGCAAACUCUCAAAGCCACACACACCGAAACCCUCUCCAAAAUCAACUCCUCCUUCCUCUCCCGCCUCUCCCACAACUCCCAGACCCGCAGCCUAACCCAAGACGGCGCCAUGCCCUCCUCCGGCUUCUGGGCCUCGUACAACGACUCCCUCCGCCCACAAAUCGGCACCAAGCCCAGUCUCCGCCUCCUCUACGUCGCCGAGCCCGCCGGCGCGAAUGCGCCCAAACUCACCGAAAAGACCCUCAGCGACCUCCGCGCAAUCACCCGCUCCCGCGUCAUCUACGCCUUAUCCGCGCCCCGCGUCGCGGGCGCUGUGGCACAGACCCUGUACCAUGACUACCGCGUUCUAGGCGACGGAUCCGGGGUCCAUUUCGGACCCCCUGUUAGCUCCGUCGAGGUCUUGAUGAAGGAUAGCGGGGAUAAGAAGAUCACCGACGAGAGCUAUGCCGGGGAGAUCGUGGCGCGGGGGCCGGCUGUUGCGGGGGCGGAGGCGGCGUUGGGGGUUUUGGGGGGGUUGAGGGGGGAUAAUGUUAUUACUUAUGUUUAAGUGAUAUGUUCGGCUUAGACUGCGAGGGGGGGUUUUCUCGGGGUUGAGUUGGAUUGUGGUGGUGGAUGAUGGGAUGGAAAGAGGGGGAGGAAAUGGAAGGAAGUAG